AUGGCUCCUACUGAGCAUGGGGAGGUUUUCGUCCUCAAUGAUGGAGGAGAGGUUGACCUCGAUUUGGGAAACUACGAGCGCUAUCUGAACAUCACUCUCACCCGUGAGAACAAUAUUACUACAGGAAAGAUCUACCAGCAUGUUAUUGAGCGCGAGAGGAGAGGAGAUUACCUUGGAAAGACUGUUCAGGUUGUUCCUCACUUGACCGACGCCAUUCAAGACUGGAUCGAACGUGUGGCACGCAUCCCCGUGGAUGAAACUAAUAGCGAACCGGACGUCUGUAUUAUUGAGCUUGGUGGGACCGUUGGAGAUAUCGAAUCUGCACCAUUUGUCGAAGCCUUGAGACAGCUCAAGCGCCGCGCCGGCAAGAACAAUUUCUUGCAAAUCCACGUUUCACUCGUUCCAGUCAUUAACGGAGAACAAAAGACCAAACCCACACAGGCGGCAAUUAAGGACGUGAGGUCUGCUGGUCUGGCCCCGGAUCUUAUCGCUUGCCGUUGCCAGCAGCCUUUGACAAAGAGCACAAUCAAGAAGAUCGCCUUAUUCUGCGAUGUCCUUGACCAACAGGUCCUAGCGGUACACGAUGUGAACUCCACCUACCACGUUCCUCUACUUCUCGAUAACCAGGAUCUUAUUGGACUUCUCUCCGAAACCCUGCAGCUCGGCAAGCUUGAAGUUUUACCAGCUUUGUUGGAGAAGGGCCAACAGACCUGGAAGCACUGGAAACAAUUGACCCUGGCACAGGACAGGCUUUUCGAUCAAGUGAGCAUUGCUCUUGUUGGUAAAUACACCGACCUGCACGAUUCAUACUUGAGUGUCAUUAAGAGCUUGGAACACUCUGCUAUGAGGUGUGGAAGGAAAUUGAAUUUGAUCUGGGUCGAGGCAGAGGCCUUGGAGACCCAGAUGAGUACCCAAGAUCCGGCAAAAUACCACAAAGCUUGGCAUGAUGUUUGCACUGCAAACGGUGUUCUUGUUCCUGGAGGUUUUGGUGUUCGAGGUACCGAGGGAAUGAUUGCCGCGGCCAAGUGGGCUCGUACCAACAAUACCCCUUACCUUGGAAUUUGUCUUGGUAUGCAGAUCGCCGUCAUUGAGUACGCUCGCAAUGUUUGCGGAAUGGAGGGCGCCCAUUCCGUAGAAAUUUCCGCCCAUACAGACCACCCGGUUAUCAUCUUCAUGCCUGAAGGUAGCAAGACCCAUCUCGGUGGAACCAUGCGCCUUGGUAUACGCCCCACAAUUUGGCAACCGGGUAGCGAGUGGAGUAAACUCCGGCAGCUGUACGGUAACUCAGACGAAAUUCUCGAACGUCACAGGCAUCGUUACGAGGUCAAUCCCGAAUAUAUCGAGAAGCUUUCCGGAUUGAAUUUCGUGGGAAAGGAUGACAAAGGUGAAAGAAUGGAGAUUGUCGAAUUGAAAGAUCAUCCGUUCUACGUUGGUGUCCAGUACCAUCCGGAAUAUUUGUCGAGAGUAUUGCAACCCAGCAAGCCGUUUUUGGGUUUCGUUGCUGCUAGUUGCGGAGUUUUGGAUGAGAUCCUCGAGAAGCCUGAUGCCCUUGUGGUUAACGGGGUGUCUGCACCAUGA